UCGAGUAUACCAUCUUUUUGUUUCUAUAACAGACAAUGGUGGGCGGGGAUCGGCCGGCCGACGACGAGAUGUUGGAGGCGGAGCCGCGGCAGCAGCCGGCAGAUCAAAUACCUGCGGCUCUCAGCCACGGCGGUCGCUUCAUCCAGUACAACAUCUUCGGCAACGUAUUCGAGGUCACCUCCAGAUACAAACCCCCAAUCAUGCCCAUAGGAAAGGGCGCAUACGGCAUCGUUUGCUCGGCUGUGAAUUCGGAGACGAGUGAGCACGUGGCUAUUAAGAAGAUAGCUAAUGCUUUUGAUAAUAGAAUCGAUGCGAAGAGGACACUUCGAGAAAUCAAGCUUUUGCGUCACAUGGAUCAUGAAAAUAUUAUUGCAAUCAGAGAUGUAAUUCCACCACCACAAAGGGAGGUUUUUAAUGAUGUCUACAUUGCAUAUGAGCUUCUGGAUACCGAUCUCCAUCAAAUUAUUAGAUCUAAUCAACCUUUGUCAGAAGAGCACUGCCAGUAUUUUUUGUAUCAAAUCCUCCGCGGGUUGAAGUACAUACAUUCCGCAAAUGUCCUACACAGGGAUUUAAAGCCAAGCAAUCUUCUUCUGAAUGCAAAUUGUGACCUAAAGAUAUGUGAUUUUGGAUUGGCACGAGUCACGUCUGAAACUGAUUUUAUGACUGAAUAUGUCGUCACAAGGUGGUAUCGGCCACCAGAACUUUUGUUAAAUUCAUCCGAUUACACUGCAGCCAUUGAUAUAUGGUCAGUGGGAUGCAUUUUUAUGGAAUUGUUGGACCGGAAGCCAUUGUUCCCUGGUAGAGAUCAUGUUCACCAGUUACGCCUGCUCAUAGAGCUGAUUGGUACUCCAACAGAGGCUGAGUUAGGUCUUCUGAAUGAAAAUGCAAAACGAUACAUCAGGCAACUCCCUCCUUAUCGUCGACAAUCAUUCACCGAAAAAUUCCCUCAGGUGCACCCCCUUGCUGUUGAUCUCGUCGAGAAGAUGCUGACAUUUGAUCCUAGGCAACGGAUCACAGUUGAAGGUGCAUUAGCCCAUCCAUACCUGAACUCGCUCCACGACAUCAGCGACGAGCCCACUUGUUCGAGCCCUUUCAGCUUCGACUUCGAGCAGCACGCUCUCACGGAAGAUCAGAUGAGGGAGUUGAUCUUCCAGGAGGCACUCGCGUUCAAUCCCGACUACCGGCGCACGUGAAGAAAUUUGUUGGUCUGAGAUUCUGUAUUUAAGUAAUGAAUGAUGUAUGUGUUUUUUUAUUGGGUAGUCUCAGUGGUGUACAUACUCUUCCUUCCCAACUGGAUGGCUUCCAUUUUUAGAAAUAUUUAACGAUGCCAUAAAACAGCCAUUUGAUGUACUCAUGUACUGCUUCACACAUUAAUAAAACUCAUUUCAAUUUUCAAUUUUAA